GAGCUGUGUACCUCUGGCAAGCCAUUUUAAUUUCAACAUUUCUUUCUUUUUGUCUCUCUCUUUCUCUGUCUCUUGGCGGCUGAGGGGAGAGGCAGCUGAAAGAAAGCUUCAAUCUUUGAAGGAGAGAAAAAAUGUCAACUAUCCAAUCCAGACUGCCACUCUCUUGCUUUGCUUCCUUUUCUUCAUCUUCCCCAGUAUUCUUGGGAAGUGCUAACCUCAUUUUCAAGAGAUCAGUUCGCUUGUUUUCAGCUACUUCAACUCCCGACCAAUUCGGGAAACAUUCAUUUCUCCUCAAGAAUUUCAAUUCGUUGCAAAAUUCAAGGUUGGCCCAUUUGAGAAUUACUUGCGCUGCAAUAUCAGGAGAGUUUGACAAGAGCCCUGAUAUAGUAGUUAAAGAGAAAUGUGUCUCUGUGAUUCUGCUUGCUGGAGGAACGGGGAAAAGAAUGGGUGCUAGCAUGCCAAAGCAGUAUCUUCCACUUCUAGGCCAACCUAUCGCAUUGUACAGUUUCUUUACCUUCUGCGCUCUGCCUGAAGUAAGGGAAAUUGUUGUGGUAUGCGAUCCUUCUUAUCAAGAUAUCUUUGAAGAUGCAAAAGAGAAGAUCCACGUGGAUAUGAAGUUUGCAUUGCCUGGAAAGGAGAGACAGGACUCUGUGUAUAGUGGCCUACAGGCAGUUGAUUCAAGUACAGAACUUGUUUGCAUCCAUGAUUCUGCGAGACCUCUGGUAUUAGCUGAGGAUGUAGGGAAGGUUCUAAAGGAUGCUUUGAGGGUUGGAGCUGCUGUACUUGGUGUACCCUCUAAGGCCACAAUCAAAGAGGCUGAUAGUAAAUAUUUUGUUGUCAAGACUCUAGACAGGAAAACAUUAUGGGAAAUGCAGACUCCACAGGUUAUCAAGCCUGACUUGCUUAGAAAGGGUUUUGAGCUUGUUAACAGGGAGGGCCUUGAGGUCACUGAUGAUGUAUCCAUAGUGGAGCACCUAAAACAUCCUGUUUAUAUUACUGAGGGAUCCUACACAAAUAUCAAGGUUACCACGCCGGAUGACUUGUUGCUUGCAGAAAGAAUACUGAAGCCUACCUCUCCAAAGCCAUCCUAGCAAAUAUCUCUCCCCCGAGCCUCAACCUUUUGUAUCCUACUCUCGAUCUCAGCCUUGAGACCAAGAAAGGCAUCUCUUUGUAGCUUUAUGCGGCAUAGGUCUCUCGAGAAAUGGGCAAGUGUUGAUGGUUAAUCGUAGUUUGUUUCCCAGUUUUGCAGAAAAUCGAAUAGCAACUCAUUCCUUUGUGCAUUAUUACAAAUCAAACCUCUCUGGAAGAGGCAGUUUUCUAUUACAAUACCAUGCUAGCAAAUAAAAGCAAGUUUGCCACUACAGCACUACUGUAGGUUCAUCUCUUCCAGCCUGAUCUGGGGCUUCGUUUGUAAUUCUUGUGAUAAUGAGCUAUUGUGAGUUCAAUAACUGUUGCAGCGUCAUUUAAUGGAAUUCCAUUACUGGAGUUUUCCAUGCUCCUCAUUUGCU